AGCAUUUAGUUAAAAAUUAAAAUUGACUGCACGCCAUGGCUGCGACGACUGGUGAUGUUGACAAUAUGAGCCUGACAGAGCAGGGAGAACAGGAACAGGCCGAGGGUGAGGCGGAACCCGAAAAGUUCACGGUACGACUAAAUGGACAAAAGGAUUUGGAACAAAGACUCCGCGAAUUCAAGGCUGCCUGCGAUGCCCACGAGAAACAUGCACGAAAGCGCAAAAGGCGUCGCUAUUAUCACAUGGGUCUGAUGGCCAAGGUCGUCAUGGAGACGACUCACGAGGAACUGCGUCGCAUGCUCGAGCAUGGCACCUAUACAUUUCACGUAGAUAUGGUUGCCUUCAAGCCGGACGAACUAGCCGCCAUACUGGAGACCCUAAACAUAGCCAUAUCCGCACAUGCGGAUGAGAGGGAACUGCGCACUGCGACGGGUCUGGCUGUUGAGAUAAAUGGUGAUUGCUGUCGCAUUGGUCGGUUGCGCAACAACUGCACCACAAUGCUGGCACGCGGCUCAGUGGUGACGCUAACAACAGAUCCAGCUUAUCGUUAUGCCGGCUUCCGAGAGAUUGUCUACGUAAUCAAUUUACGCGCCUAUCUCAGCUCAAUAAGGCUAAAUGAUGUGCUGCUAAUUGGACGCGAGGUUCGUUGUCGUGUGGUCAAAACAUUGAACGAAGCGCUGGCCGUGUUGAUCAUCGAUGCAGGUCUCUUAUCCUCGUAUGACUUUAUUGAGCUACCUCGCCAAUGCCAUUCCCUGGCGCCCAGCGUAUAUCCAGAACUCUAUCUGGCCGAUCUGCAAGCGGCCGCAGCGCUCAAAGCCAGUUUUGUGGUGUUGCCCAAGAUUCGAUGUAAAUCGUUCCUUCGCGCAGUUCGAGCAGCAAUUAUGACCGAGUUCGAUAUGCGACUGAUUGGCUGCAUUGACUUUGAGUAUGUACGGAAUAACAUGCUCGAUUUAUUAGGCAUCAUCAAGCUACUGGACUAUAUUUGGAUACCGGACAUGUUUAGUGUAAACUGCUGUGUGUACAACUAUAUCAUGGAGGAUGCGCUGCCCAUUGCGCAAUGCCAGAAGAAACCGGUCAUUGGCACAGUGCCGUUGGAGCGUUGCAACGACUUUAAACGGUUUGAGCUGCACGAGUUUCUCUGGAAAAUUGAUACGAUACAUAUGCAGAAGAGUCCGUGGUGCAACAAGUAUCCACUGAUUGUUAAGAAACUGAUGCCCAUACGGGAUUACCGUGUGGGUGUGGUACAAACACAGCAACAGGUGAAGAGCAUAUUGACCUCCUAUCAGACAAUUGUUAACUUCAUCAUACGUACGAUUGCCACCAUCGAGUGUCAAGCGAUAUUUGUGUAUACCAAGUGCGAGAACGCGAGUGUUGCGCUUGCGCGCUCAGAAAUCUAUUGUCCAGUGUAUAUGAUGAUGCCACUAAAUGAUGACGAUGAUGAAUUCGCCAUCAAAUGUAAAUUCGACUUGGCCCGCGCAUUACAUCUGCGUCGAAACACGCAUCCUAUUGUCUAUACACCCGAUCUGAACGAAUGCAACUAUAGCCCCAUUGAGUUUGGCGUUGAUUUCAUGCGGCGCAAGGGCUGCCUGGAGGUUGGCGACUUUGUGGUCACCUUGGAAGUGGGCAAGGAGGAUGAGGAAAACGUUGUGCUAGGUGUCGGCGAGGAUGUGUGCAUACUGCGCGCUUUCUACGUGGCCCCAGUAUUCAACUGCGAGAAAUUCAAAUAUGGCACAUAAGAGCUGCGAGUAGAUUUAAUCAUGACGUGCAGUUGUACAGAUACCUCUUCUGAUGAUCAUUCAAAAUUAAAUGUAUGUUAUCUAGC